AGGCGGAGCUAGCCGGAGUUAGCUGGACUGUAAACAGCAGUUAGCCGUUAGCUCAGCCAGCUAACCGGGUUUGAGUGCAGAGUCGAGGAGUGAACAGUGGUGACAGGAUGGCCUCCCCUCUCCCCCUCUCCUCCCUGCGUCUCCUCCUCCCUCCUCUCCGCCUGCUGACGGCGGCCAUGUGGCGGGUCGCCCGGCAGCGGAGCGUGAAGCAUUAUGGGAUACUGGAGGACUUCGUUUCCCUGGUGACGGAGGCGGUGCCUGAGCUGCUGACGGACAGGCAGAGGAGUCUGCUGCUGCUGGCGCUCCGGGCCAAGGUGACCCUCGCUGACCCGGACCCUCAGGCCGUCCACACUCACCUGGACAGGAUCCGCUCCAUCUCCAAGGCGACGGAGGACGAAGAGGUGGACCAGUGGUGUUCAGCUCUGUUGACUCUGGCUGACAAACUGAGGCAGAGUCCUGCAGACAGACAGCGCCUCCUGCAGGAGGUGUUUAACCAGAGCUUCGACUCGGCGCUCCAGUCCCUCGUGUCGGACCUCUUGUCCCGGAUCGAGCAGCUGUUCCCUGUGCCCGACUUCAAACAGGCGGCUUCCUGGCUCGACGCCGCCCCCGUUGGUGUGGAGAAGUGUCUGCAGGAGGCGGACCGAGAGGAUCUGAGGGAGCUGCUGACCAAUCAGAGCUGUUCACUGGGCCAAGCGACAACAACAGUCGGCUGCGACACAGAGAACAUCCUUCUCUCUGCCUGGUCCCACCCCCUCGUCACCAAACCGACCAAUCAGGAGCCUCCUCCCGCCGAGCCGGACACUCUCCCGGACGUGGUCGGUCCGGUGCAGCUGGACGUGGAGCUGGUGAAGGUGGAGGUGGUGGUGAUGACGGAGGACGAGCAGGAGGACGUACAGGAGACCGUGAUUGGUCAGGCUGUGAUGGCGGUCGAACAGGAGGCGUCCAAUGAGAGCUCGGCUGUGGGCGGAGACGAGUGCUCAGACACACCUGUGGUCCUGGAGGUGGACAGGUUGAAGGACUCACCUGGAAACUCUGCCGACCAAUCAGAGGACACAGACCAGUCCUGCUCUGAGGUCACAGCUAAUGCCCUCUACAGCAUUUCCCAUAAUUCUCAGCGAGUGGCUCACAAGUGUCCUCAGUGUGGCAAAUGUUUCAUCUACCGUUCUCAGGUGAUCCGUCACCUGAGAACCAAUAAGUCCUGCGGGUCGGCCUUGACGCCAUCAGGAGCCGUGAACCUGCAGAGUCCACUGGGCAGCUGUGAUGAAGAGCCCCGCCCCCCAGAGCCCCGCCUCCCGGAGCCCCGCCCCCUCAGGACCCACUCAUGUUUCCAGUGCAACGCCGUCUUCAAAACCAAAGCCGAGCUCCUGUCGCACCAGCGGAGCCACCGCGCCCGCCCAGUUUACCACUGUGGACAGUGUGACAAGGAGUUCCACCACCUGUCCAGCCUCACCAACCACAAGCAGACUCACCUGGUCAGGGGAGGGUUCACCUGCAGUAGGUGCGAUAAGGUGUUUGAGUCGGCCAAGGAGAGAGACGCCCACAGACUGCAGCACCGGCUGCCAGACCUCACCUGUACGGUCUGCGACCAGACCUUCAGCUCCCAGACUCAGCUGCUCCGACACCUGCAGACCCACUCUGUGGAGGGGGCGGAGCCAUGCUACAACUGCCGCUUCUGUGACCAGAGCUUCUCAGGUGUGACUCAGCUUCGUAUUCACCAGCGAACGCACACUUUCCGCUCGUACCAGUGCGACCAGUGCAACAAGACGUACGGCUCUCUGACCGGCCUCCACUCUCACCGGGCCAGCCACACCGCCGAGAGCCGCUUCCUGUGCCCGCAGUGCGGCAAGCGCUUCAAGACCCGGGACGGGCUGGAGGGCCACCUGAGGACGCACACGGGCGAGCGUCCGUACCGCUGCCCCUACUGCCCCAAGGACUUCACCGCGCUCGCCGGCCUCAACGUGCAUGUGCGACGGCACACCGGGGAGCGCCCGUACGUGUGCACGGUGUGCGGUAAGGGCUGGCCGUCUGGAGGCGACCUGCAAAAACACAUGAGGACUCACACGGGCGAGCGGCCGUACGUCUGCCAGGACUGCGGGAAGGCCUUCUCCAUUUCCUGUCACCUGACCGAACACCGGAGGAUACACACAGGGGAGAAGCCGUUCUCAUGUCCUGAGUGUGGGAAAUGUUUACGGAGAAAGUUUGACCUGAAGAAACACAUGUUGUCUCACAGCAACAUCCGUCCCUACGCCUGCGUCUACUGCCCCAAGAGCUACACCCGCAAAACCCACCUGAACAGACACCUGCUGACCCACAGGACUACAGACAGUCAGGUGGUGGCAGAGGCGGCCGACGAGUCCUGAGAGACACGUCCUCGUGUCGUGGAGAUGAGGAAAACUGUGAUUUAGUUCUGCAUGUUUUCUGAGCUUUAACUGCUCAAACAAAAGCUAAAAUAUGUGAAAGAGUAACUGUUAUUUUCUUGUAUUUGUACAUCAACACUAAUCGUUUGUAACCAGACGGUGAAAUCUGAGCGUUCAGUGUUUGUAUCUGUGCUCUGCUUCUAUAAAAGCUGCUCUGCAAAACAAA